AUGACGAUGUUCUUCUACUCCGUAGUUCUAGUUCUGGGAGCUAGCCUCUUUGCACAGGCUAUUGCCAGGUUCCCGAUUCCCUCAGUGGACUGCCAGAGUCUUCCCCAGGCCAGCUACCCGUUCUGCGACCCAAAACUGACCCCCGAGACCAGAGCCACGGACCUGGUGUCCAGACUCACCGUGGACGAGCUGAUAUCCCAGACCUUUUACUUAGCUCCGGCCAUUUCCAGGCUGGGGAUCAAUGCCUACAACUGGAGGUCCAACUGCGCCCACGGAUGGACUUUGUCCGGGGGCCCGGACUGGCUCGGCUAUACCUGGACCGUCUUCCCUGCCCCCAUAGGGAUGGCCGCCACAUUUGACAAAGACCUUGUGCUCAAGGCUGGCCAGGUGACUUCCACAGAGGGGAGAGCCCUCCACAACGAGAUAAUGACGCACUACAAUGGAGCCAGUCAGGAAGCAACCGGCCUCAACUGUUACUCUCCAGUCGUCAACCUCCUCCGUGACUCGCGCUGGGGGCGAGCCCAGGAGACCUUUGGCGAAGACCCCUACCUACUCUCUCAGAUAGGUGUUGCCUAUACUAAGGGGCUACAGGAGGGAAGCGAUCCGACGUACGUAAAGAUUGCCGCAUCUCCCAAGCAUUUCUCGGUGCACAGCGGCCCGGAUAAUAUCCGAAACCGGUUCACCGCCAACACGACACUCCACGAUCUGUACGAUACGUACCUGGCGGCGUUCAAGUCGCAGGUUAUAGGAGGCAAGGCUAUGCAGAUCAUGCCGGCUCUUAGCGGAAUGAGAUGUGAGAAGGAGGAAGACGGGGCGCCGGAUGCAGCAAACCCCUUCCUGCUUCAGACUGUCCUUCGUGAGCAGUUUGGAGCCCCGAACAUAUCGGUGGUGUCAGACAACGAGGCAAUUGAGCAGGUGUACAGCGACCAUCACUUUGCCUCGUCAUACGAGCAGGCAGCUGCUCUGUGCAUGAAUGCCAGCACUGAUCUCGAUCUCGGUGACACUACGUACAUCAAGUACUUGCCCGUAGCCCUCAAAGACAAUCUCGUUCAUUUCUCUGGUUCCGUACCAGUGGAUCAAUGGCAGUCAGAUAAACACGCCCGAUAG